UUAUGGCAUGGCAACAUUAUUUAAAUGUCGGACGGACAGCGGCAUUCCAUCCUACGUGUUAUGUUUAUUUUAAUUUAAAAUAAAUUAAUCAUUGACUUUUACCUGCAAUUUGAUUUAACAAUGAAAGUUUUAUAUUUUUUGUUUGUCCUGUGGCGAAUAGUUAACUGUGAUGAACAUAAACACAUUUAUGAAGAUAAGGAGCAAGUCGUGCUGUGGAUGAAUACCGUAGGCCCAUAUCAUAACCGACAAGAAACUUACGCUUAUUUUUCGCUACCUCUGUGCGGUGGUACUAAAGUGAAAAUCGAGCAUUACCAUGAAACAUUGUCGGAAGCUCUUCAGGGAGUCGAAUUGGAAUUCAGUGGUCUGGAUAUUAACUUCAAAGAAAAUGUUCCAGCACAACAGUAUUGUGCCAUAUCACUCACCGAUCAAAACUACAAAGCGCUUGUAUAUGCUGUAAAAAACCAUUAUUGGUAUCAGAUGUACAUUGAUGACUUACCAAUAUGGGGAAUACUUGGAGAAAUUGAUGGUGACCAAUAUUAUAUUUGGACACAUAAGAAAUUCGAUAUUGGAUACAAUGGCAAUAGGAUUGUAGAAGUAAAUCUUACUGCUGAGAAUAAAGAACUGUUGACACCUAACGCAAACAUUCCAUUUACCUAUGAAGUGAAUUGGAAGAAGAGCAACAUCAAAUUUGAGGAUCGUUUUGAUAAAUAUUUGGACCCCAACUUUUUCCAACAUAGGAUUCAUUGGUUCAGUAUCUUUAAUAGUUUCAUGAUGGUUAUAUUCCUAGUAGGUCUAGUCUCCAUGAUUUUGAUGAGAACUCUACGUAAAGAUUAUGCCCGGUAUUCAAAAGAUGAUGAUCUUGAUGACUUGGAGAAAGAUUUGGGUGAUGAGUAUGGUUGGAAGCAAGUGCAUGGUGAUGUGUUCCGUCCAGUGCCCCACUUGGCAUUUUUCUCUGCUCUGGUCGGCUCUGGUUACCAAUUAACAGUGGUAACUUUGGGUGUUAUUAUUUUUACUAUAUUUGGUGAACUUUAUACUGAAAGAGGUUCCUUGCUCUCAACAGCGAUAUUCAUAUAUGCUGCAACUUCUCCCAUCAAUGGUUACUUUGGGGGUUCACUUUAUGCCAGAAUGGGUGGAAAGCUCUGGAUCAAGCAAAUGCUUUUAUCUGCUUUCUUACUUCCUAUGUUGGUAUGUGGGACAGCAUUUUUCAUCAAUUUUAUUGCCAUGUAUUACCAUGCCUCUAGAGCCAUUCCAUUUGGUAGCAUGAUUGCAGUAAUGUCUAUCUGUACUUUUGUUAUUUUGCCCUUGACAUUAGUGGGCACUGUACUCGGACGUAACCUGGCUGGUCAACCUGAUUAUCCCUGCCGCAUAAAUGCUGUACCAAGGCCUAUUCCUGAAAAGAAAUGGUUUAUGGAGCCUCUCAUCAUUAUUAUCAUGGGUGGCAUUCUACCUUUUGGGUCCAUUUUCAUUGAAAUGUACUUUAUAUUUACCUCAUUUUGGGCAUAUAAAAUUUACUAUGUGUAUGGGUUUAUGUUGCUCGUCUUUUUGAUUCUGAUGAUUGUAACUGUAUGUGUGACUAUAGUUUGCACUUACUUCCUACUGAAUGCCGAAGACUACCGCUGGCAGUGGACAAGUUUCCUGUCUGCUGGAAGCACUGCUCUCUAUGUGUACUUGUACUCAUUCUACUAUUUCAUAUUCAAAACUAAAAUGUAUGGCCUCUUCCAAACUACAUUCUAUUUUGGCUACAUGGCUCUUUUCAGUCUGGCUCUUGGUAUCAUAUGUGGAACUGUUGGAUAUCUGGGCACUAGCAUAUUUGUUAGGAAAAUAUAUUCCACUGUGAAAAUUGACUAAAUGCAUUAAUUUCUUUUUUAUGUGUAAAGUAAAUAUUGCUUGAUUUUUUAUUAUUAUUAAAAUAUCCAUUGUUUUUGUUGAAUGCAAAUAUUACAAAUAUUUUGCUCUCAUCAAAAGAUAAAAUUAAUGUUUUUAUUAAUUUAUUUUGUGCAAAAAAAAUAUGACUUGUCAGAAUUGUAAUUAACAUAUGGAAAAUACACUAUAAAUUAUUUAAACAAUUGAUAAAUUACUGUAAAUGUCUAUAAUAGAUUUAAAUGUUACAGAUCCAAUAAAUUGAAUUUUAUUACUUAUUUUUAUUUGAGGCAAAUAUAGAAUUUACAGAUGGAAUAUUGGCCAUAGUAAUCCAAUGAACAUACCAUCACAGAAAUGAAAUAUUUUUAAUUAUAUUGCUGUUUGUAAAUUAAUUGACUUACUAAUGGUAGCAAGCAAAUUGAUUAACAAAAUUCAUUAAUGUAUCCAUAGGGGUGCUUUCACAUAAUUGAUGAGCACAACAUUAAGUAUGAAUUAAAAGUGUCUUUUAGAUUUCAAUGUAUUUUGCAUGUUGGUGAAAUAAAAAUGAAAAUUUAGGAAAGAAAAGUUUGAGUUUGGAAUAUAAUGUGAUUUAUUUAUUUUUAUCUAUGUCGCAUACUAUAAUUAUUCAUGGUUUUUUUUUCACUCUUAUAUUUUACUUGAGCUAAUUAAAGCAACUUGUAAAUAUUUUCCAGUCUUCUAGUAUUAAUUAGUUGUAAUGACAUUGUGUGGCUCUGCAACUAGCAACCAGUACAGGAUGAAUAGGUAGGCCAAAUGGUCAUAAUGUUUCGUGAUAUGAACCAGUGUCAGGUAUUGGUUCUUAAUUUUCUGUCUCGUAAAUGGGUAAUGUUCUGAGAUUAAUCAUCCUAAACACUUAAUUCUUGAUUGAAGCUGCCUCUCGGACCCUGACUUGAUUUUUCAUAACUCCAAAAAUAUUUGAUUUUGAUGUGGGAUUCAUUUAGAAUCUUCCUAGUUUCUGUAAAUAAGGUUUAUUAUGCCCAGGCUAUAGCCAGGGUUUAGAUUUUAGGUAUAAUUAAUAAAUUUUUGUAUAUAUUAGAAUAUGGAACAUUAAUAAUAUUAAAACUUGUGAUCAGAUUGAUUUGUCGAAAGUCACAAGGAAGAAUUUCCAACAUUUUGAGUUAACCACAGCCAAGUCCAAGCAAACACCAGCACUGAUAUCUAUAGACUCCACCUACGAUGAUUCAUAAUCACAAUUGAAAUGAUAUCAACAACUAUGUUAGGUAUAUGAUAAAAAUGUAUGUUAUUGUGAAAAUUUUGUAAGGAUCUUCGAAAGUAUAAAUUCGAGAGUUUAUUUUUAAUUUAGUUAAAAUUGGUUUUCCUUAUUUUGGUCAUUAUUUUGAUGCAUACAUAUUCUAUUAAUAAAAUUGCAUUUUCGGCAACUGCAAAAAUAUAGGGGAAGUCAAAUAUUUUGAGGAAUGAUAAGUCCAGGUUCCCAAAAAUAAACAUAGUUUUUUGACAUAACCACAUUUCCAUAGAAAUACUUUGAUUAUAAACGAGAUGGUAUAGUAAUUCUUGACUGGACUUUGCCAUAAAAUAUUUGAACUUAAUUAUAACGAAACUAAACGUUAAGAGUAAAAUAGCAGUUGAAAUGUAAAUUGGAAUUGUAGUCGCCAUGGAAAGACCACAAAAUACCCAUUCAAAAAAGAUGUUGUGAUAUUGUGUUAAAUUUUUAUUUACAAUUCAAGUUUUUCUUAGUUAAAAUGCAAUCUUUUUGCAACAUAUGUUUAAACAUCAAUAGGUCUAUUUAUUAACGUUGAUAUGCACAUGUACCUCAGCCCUUUCUUCCUAUUCGGUUAACCUCAGAAAAGAGUAAAAGGAAAGAUGAGUAAAAGGAAUGAUAUAUGUCUAAUCAACGUUCGUGAAUAACCCCGCAGGGCAUUAGCAAACACUUUAAAUGUUAAUUGCAUUUUAAUGAAUUAGAUGAAAACUAUCAAUUAGUUAUAACUCCUAAUAUAAAUAAAUGUAUUAUGUACUCUACACGGGGAAUUAAAUAAAAAUGUUGCAAUCAAA